AUGACGAAGAAACUGCGAGAAGCAGAGCAUCCGACGCCAUUUAUUCUCACAAUCCCGACACAUAAUCACGUCGAUAUUGUCGACAUUGUCCGACAAUCGGGAGGAUUCGGUGCCUAUCAGUUCUUUAUACUCAUUUUACUCCUCGUGUUAGAGGUCCCGACAGCUUUCGUUACCUUCAUACCAAUUUUUGUGGGUCGAGUACCACAAGUCUGGGAUUGUGAUAAUGUGACCAUGUCGUUAAGCGAGGUGUGUUCACUCUGUGAUACUGACGCCAUAACUCCACUCGAUGUCCUCGUGGAGGACUCCAUUGUUGCACAGUGGGGUCUCAUCUGCGAGAAGGAGUGGGUGUUCGACUUCGUAACAAGUAUUCAAAUGCUGGGGAUGUUUUUUGGGAGCGUUUUCGGAUCUCAGUUUGCAGAUUGGUACGGGAGACGAUAUGGUUUCCUCGCAGCCACGCUGCUCCUUUCGCUGGGGUCGACGAUGUCCGCAUUGGCGGGAAAUCCAUAUAUUUACGCGCUUGCAAGAUUCUUGUGUGGGGCUGGAGUCACAAGUUUCAUGAACGUGACCUUAGUUGGCGUGGUUGAGGUCAUGCCGACCAAGUGGAGAUCACUUUCAAACUGUAUCGGCCCCACGGGCGAGGGAAUCAUGAUUUUGAGCCUCCUAGCCUAUCUUAUCAGACCGUGGAGAACGUUAUAUUGGGCAACCGUUGCACCUUUCGUUCUUAUCGUCGUUAUUUAUCCUUUCGUUCCCGAGAGCCCGCGCUGGCUCCUUAAACAAAACCGCGUCCACGAAGCGGCCAACAUACUGAAAUCGAUGGCCCGCAUGAAUAGCAAGUCUCACCUAACCCCUACCAUAUCUCCCGCUAUGUUGCAUCACAUAAUACAAUCUGAACAGCGGGAAUCGCCUCAAGACUCAAACCCAUCAAAACGAUGGACAUAUCUCGACUUUGUUAAGGAUCCCGCCCUCCGCGCUACGUCGCUAUACAACAUGGCGAUCUGGUUCGCUUGGUCGCUUACGUAUUACGGAAUUUCCUUCAACAUCAAAAACGUUUCUGGUAACAUUUACCUCAACGUUUUUUUCAUGGGCGCCGCGAACGCGGUUGGACAACGAAGCGCGCUCCUUUUAAAUAAUUCUAUCGGUCGGCGAAAAGCCCUCUUCGCCUCGAUGACCUUCUGCGCCGUGUUUCUCGUCGCGCUCGCCAUCACCCUUGUAUUCGUCGAACAUUCAAAUAUCCCCAACGCCGCGAUAGUCUCACUUUGCCUCCUGGGGCAAUUCGGUAUGGCAGCUGCGCGCUCGGCGGCACGCUUAAUUUCUGGAGAAUCCUUCCCCACUGCGGUUCGCACUAUGGGAAUGGGCAUUGGCGGGAUUACGGCAAACAUGGCGGGAAUUUUGACCCCACAAUUAGCCUACCUAGGGGUAAGAUGGCCCGCCCUGCCGUUUUUCACGUUUGCCGCCGUUAGCGUGGGUGGUUCCUUGAUCGCAUUUCGAAUGGCGGAAACUAUGGGGCUUCCACUUGAUAAUCAAACCCCAGAAGUCGUAGAAAAAGAUGAUAACCCUUUCGAUAAGAUAUUCACCAAUAAUAACUUACAUUCUGAAGAUAAGAACACUUCUCAGAAAGACGUAAAUAUCUUCCCACUCGCUAAAAGAGAUUCAAAUAUUAAGGUGAAUCUUAAGUCAGAGGUUUCAAAAAAUGUCGUCCUAAUUUCAAUCUCAAGAUUAGUAGAUGAACAAGAAAAACAGGAUAAUUUACAAAUUCAUAUGAAUUCUGGAUUUGUAAAUGAUGAAGAUAGUAAAAAGCUUAAUACGGCAGAAAAUCAUUCUCCAGGAAGAAAUUCGCGAACUUUUUAG